AGAUCAGUUGAUCACCGACCGGUGAUCAGUGAGUCGUGGGCCUCGUGUUAGUGUUACUGUAAAAGUGUGAAUCGGGGAUAUUUGCGGAUCGCCAACAAUGGGAAAUAGAAGAUUCGCGCAGGUCUCGACAAGCGACGAAGAGGAAGAGGGCCCUAGGACCCGCUCCUCGAGAGCCCAAACUGAAAGCAGGAAGCGCAAGAAGGUAAAGCUUUCGGAAGAUGAAGAGGAAGUCGAAUCAGAGCAAGCAAAGAGCUCGAAUAAAAAGAGGAAGACGAAGAAUACUAGAGAAGAGGAGCCACCAAGCGACGGAGAGGACGAGGAGGAGGAGGAUGAGCCCCCACCGGAGGAUGCGAAGCCCGUGGGAGAGUCUGUUAGGCUUUCCGGUAAAGGGAGGGGCCGCAGGCGCCAUUACGAGGCCUUCGAGUUUGAUGGCAACCGAUAUGACCUCGAAGAUCCCGUUCUUCUAGUUCCGGAGGAUAAAGAUCAAAAACCUUAUGUAGCCAUCAUAAAGGAUAUUUCUCAGACUAAAGAUGGGAGCAUGAUGGUCACUGGGCAGUGGUUUUACCGUCCAGAAGAGGCAGAGAAAAAAGGAGGCGGAAGCUGGCAAUCUCGUGAUAGUCGAGAGCUGUUUUAUAGCUUCCAUCAAGAUGAGGUUCCCGCAGAAUCUGUCAUGCACAAGUGUGUAGUGCAUUUUGUCCCUAUAAACAAACAGCUUCCAAGUCGCAAGCAGCACCCUGGUUUUAUUGUGCAAAAGGUGUACGAUAUACAGAAUCGAAAACUUUGGAAGCUAACUGACCAAGAUUAUGAAGAUAAUAAGCAGCAUGAAAUUGAUAUUCUUGUUGAUAAAACUCUAUCACGGCUGGGAGAGCUACUUGACCUCGACACUGAGGAAAUUGUUGCUGAACAGGAAGAGCAGUUGAAGAUAAAAAAAACUCUCAGGAAAAAGAACAUUUCACCUCUUGAUGUUUCAAGGGAAGAAGAAGCCACUGCCAAGCCAGAUCAACAAUUUAAAGCAGAAACACCGGGAAGCUGUUCAAGUAAUGCCUCAGAAUACUACUCCAUUUUAUUGAAGUUUAAUGCGCUGACUGGAGAUACCCAUCGCGACAAAUGCUUGGAGAGGCUUCUUCAAGGAAUUCAGUAUAUGUGUACUUCUGAAAAUUUGUGCGCUGAUGAGAAUGGAAAAGGUGGUCCUCAUGGUAUUGUCCUUGAGAAAGAUCCUAAGAACUUGGAAAAUGCAAUUGGAUCUUUAGAGAAGAAUCAAAGGAGUGGCAAGCCUUUCGUUUGGCCAGAUGCUGCCUUUCCUGCAAUUACAGCUCUUGAAGAAGCCUCACAUGAGGCUCUUUCCUCUGAUUUUCAGAAGUAUAACCAAAAGAUGCGGCAAUUGGUGUUCAAUCUGAGGAAUACUUCGCUGCUAGCUCGGCGUCUACUGAAUAGAGAGCUGGAACCAUCAAAAAUAUUGAGCAUGUCCCCUAAUGAGCUAAAGGAGGGUUUGACGGCAGAGGAGAUCGCGACAAAAGAGCCUGAGGAGUCAGAGCGCAUGCAGAUGACCGAUGCUCGCUGUUCAAGGUGCAGUGAGUUCAAAGUUGGCCUUAGGGACAUCAUUCAAGCAGGACAUGGAGAUCGUUAUCAGUUGGAGUGCAUUGCUUGUGGUCAUUCCUGGUAUGCUUCCAGAGAUGAGGCAUCUACACUGACAAUAGAUGGACCGAGUUCAGCCAAAAGUGUAGGAACUGCACCAUGGGCCACUUCCAAAUUUGCCACAAUUGCAAGUCCUCGUGAAUCUGACAAGGCACCCAACGAUCCAUCUAAGAAAAAUGGUGACGCUGCCAUGCCUGUGUUGGACACUCAGAGAUCGUUUAGUAAGUCGAAGAAUGAAAAUGAGAAAACUACUAAAAAUACAUAGGAGUUGUAUAAAUGAUCUCUGCCUAGUUGUACAGUUUAGUUAUGGUGGGUUGUGCACAGGACCACAUGAUUGUUUUUCUUACAGGUUCCGGGUCCCCAAAUGGAGUUUUUUCUUGAAUGCUUCAACAACCAGAAAGUUUAGUAGUUGGUUGUGGAUAUCAUACAUUGUUUACAACUUGUUUUGGA